GGGAAACGGCUAUCAGUGAACAAAAAAUAAAAAAUACCAAGUGCCAAAAGCCUUUUGCCUCUCUCUACCGGCUAGUUCACGCUCCUCUUCGUCGGAUCUUAGAUCUACGGCAACUAAAAAUGGACGAUUUUCAGAUCAACGGUGCCGGCGGUGAAGAAGUAAUCGGAGACGAUUUCUACGAGGAGAUUGAGGCUCCCAAGUUCGUGGACCUCUCCGCACCUGAUCGUUGCCGCACUGAACACGACGACCGUUACUGGUUCUGCCUACGUGUCGGAUGUGAUCAAAAGCAUGAAGAAGAAAUGGACUCUGAAGAAAUUUAUAAAAAAUUUGUUCUUAGGGUUAUGGCAGCUAGGAGUCCAAGUGUUGGGAUUAGAAAAGCUCUUUGCAAAAGAGACUCAAGGUCAAAAUUGGAAUGCCCCCGUACCGUUCCUGCUAAGUCUUCAAAGUCCAGAGUAUCAAAAUUGGCUAUGAUUUCAUCCAUUUCACAAAAGAUGGGUGAAGCAAAAGUGAGGGUGAGACAUGUUGCUAAGCAGAGUUCAACUACAUCAAAUGUGAAGGCAGCAAAUCAAUCAUCUACUAAGGCCUUGACUACACCAAGGAAUCGAAAAGCACUCCCGAAUCCCACUACUUUUCGAAGUGCUCAGAAUCCAAAACCGACUACAAUUAUGGUACCAAAGGAUAGAGUGGUGGCAAAGGCUUUGGUGUUUCACUCUCCAAAGAAGGUAGUGAAGUUGAAGAAGUCUGUAGAACUGAGUAGUUCGUUGAGGAAGAUAUGUACAGGGAUGAAGAAGCUUGAGAUAAACGAUGGAAGUAAGAAGAAUGCAUUGGGGUGUAAUAAUAAACCUUUAGAUGCUCCAAGGAAACAGUUGAGAGGGAGAGAGGUUAAAAGCCGAGUGUAUGAUUCUUUGCAUUGCCAGAAGCAGAAGACUCAGGAAGCUAAAUCUUUAAAACGUUUUCAGAAAAAGAACAGCAACAAAGACUUGCCGUUGUCCGAGGCCCCUAUGUGUCCUAAACCAACUGAAAAGGACUCGGUUGAAAGUGCUUCGAAGAAUCCUUCAUAUAGCUUGGAGCAAGCAAUUGGCGAGAAUGUCAAAAUUUCAGAGUCUGAAGGGGACAAUGAAAUUAAUGAGAGCAGCAGCCACGAAGAGAACACUAAACCGUGUUCUAAGGACAUUGAAAUCUCAGAAGCAACGGAGAAUGACGACAAAGAAAAUGCUUUGGCAUCGAACAUCAGAGUCAGUGAAAGCAAUAAGGAAAAUGCAACAACUUCUGGUGAAAAUAGACAAUUGAAUUGUGCUACGGGAAAGCAGGUGAAAAGGGAUGUUCUUGGGAGGCAUGAAACCUCUAAAAACAUUCAAAAGGGUAAUAAAGUAAUGAAUAAGACAACGAAAGAAAACUCUACAGCAGAUAAAGGUGCUCAAGGGAUGAAGUACAGAAAACCAAAGCUUACAAAUCCCAAGCCUUUUCGACUUAGGACCGAUGAAAGAGGAAUUUUAAAAGAGGCAAACUUUGAGAAGAAGCAUCUUCAAGCACCAUUGAAAGAAACAACCUUUACAGGACCCCAAGUUGGAAAUUCAUUGAGGAAACAUCAGACUGUAGAAAUAAACGAUAUCGGUGACAAUGGAUCAGAUAAAGUAACACUUGAAGAUCAACCACAAACCAUCAAGAGUUCUAGCUCGAAGAAAUCUAAAGGAUCAGCGGAAACGAAGAUUUCUUCUGGUACUCCACAAAAUCGUAAUGUUCUUAUGCAUCAGAAAAUGACAUUUCCAUCAAUGAUGGAAAAAGGUCAAGACAAGGCAGCUCAAAAAUCCAAGGACAGACAGAAUAAAUCACCAUCAAUCAUCAAACAAUUAGUAAGACCACGAGGGUAAGUAGUAAGCUGGAAAAAUCCCAUGAAUAUGAAUUCGUAUGUUCUGUAAGGGGUUAAAUCAUAUUCCCAGUUACAGGGUAGCAUCUAGUAGGAAGAAGCUGCCCAGGCCCCAGAUCCCCCAAGGA